AAGAAAGAAAAUAAAAUAAAAUGAAGGCACAAGUGUCAUCCAGUCGGAUUGAAUGCAAGCUCAGCCACCCAAACCACCACGCGGCGACAAACAACUCCUUCAAAGGGAAAAGCGAGCUAACGGCUUCAAACGACCAACACCUAAGACACAAGGAAAAGAGAGAAGCUUUUGUUAUUUAUUUUUUCUAUAUUUCUAUCUGUUCUGUAAUAAAGAAAGAAGAAAGAAAGAGAGAUGCUGAGCAGAACAACAGUCAUAGCAGCUUCUCUUUCAGUCUCUGCUGGUUCUGCAAACCCAUCAAAAUCAAACUAUUCUCGAUUGUUGGGGCUCAACAACAAUCUCUCCUACACUGCUUCAAACCCUGUAAUUGUAUCAUCCAACUCCAACUUUGCGAGCUUCGCAUGGAACACCAGCAACAACAGUAAGUAUACAAAGUCAAGAAUGGAGAGGUUCACAACCCGGGCAUCGCCGCAGCCCCUCACGAAUGCUGAUGAGCUCAUAGGCUCUGUCCAGACUUUCAUCUUCGACUGCGAUGGAGUUAUAUGGAAAGGAGAUAAGCUCAUAGAUGGCGUGCCAGAAACUCUUGAUCUGCUACGGUCUAAGGGCAAAAGAUUGGUUUUCGUUACCAACAACUCAACAAAGUCUCGGAAGCAAUAUGGUAAAAAGUUCGAGACACUUGGUCUGAAUGUCAAUGAGGAGGAAAUUUUUGCAUCAUCUUUUGCUGCAGCUGCCUAUUUGAAGUCCAUUAAUUUCCCUAAAGAUAAAAAGGUUUAUGUGAUUGGUGAGGAAGGUAUCUUGAAGGAGCUUGAGCUUGCUGGAUAUCAAUAUCUUGGUGGACCAGAAGACGGUGGGAAGAAGAUAGAUCUGAAGCCUGGAUUUCUGAUGGAGCAUGAUGAGAAUGUUGGAGCUGUUGUGGUUGGGUUUGACCGAAAUGUCAACUACUACAAAAUUCAGUAUGGGACACUUUGUAUACGUGAAAACCCUGGAUGUCUUUUCAUUGCAACAAAUCGUGAUGCUGUCACUCAUCUCACAGAUGCUCAGGAAUGGGCAGGUGGUGGUUCUAUGGUUGGUGCUAUCCGUGGAUCUACUCAACGUGAGCCGCUGGUUGUGGGAAAACCUUCAACAUUUAUGAUGGACUACUUGGCAAACGAAUUUGGCAUCCUGAAGUCACAGAUUUGCAUGGUUGGGGACAGAUUAGAUACUGAUAUUCUGUUUGGACAAAAUGGUGGUUGCAAAACUCUUCUUGUUCUCUCAGGUGUCACCACUUUAUCAGUGCUUCAGAGUCCUAACAACUCCAUACAACCAGAUUUUUACACGAACAAGAUUUCAGACUUUUUGUCUCUCAAGGCUACAACUGUAUGAUUAUUAUGUUACCCCUAAAAUCAAUCUUGGGCGCAUCUCUCAUUAUUUGUCUCUGCCAGUCAUAACUUUUAUAUUAUUAAUGUCCAUGUAAUUUUUGUAUGGAUGUGGGUUUCUGAAACAAAAAGAAACAGAGUACAUUAAUAAAUAAAAGUUAUGCUCUUGAGAUCUCUA